AUGGCGAGCCCGGAAAACAACACCGACUUGUUGCAAUACAUUGCGCGGUCACUUGGAGAGGAAGAAGAGUUCCAUUUCUUACGAUUCGAAAAGCUUCAGCGGACCAACAUCGUCGCACAGCAGAUGCAGCUAUUUGAGCUCAGGCUGAAAUUUGAGAACGCACAAAGUGCGUCAGACGAUGACCUCAGCGAUCUCAAGAACAGCCUUAAAGACUACGUCACUGCGAUUCGAGACUACCAGUUCAUUCGAAGUCGAAAGAGUGUGGAGAGGGAAGACAUGCAUCAGAGGAGACUUUUGCUGCAAGCAUGGUUCCAGCCUAGGUUUGGGAAUGGCGACGUGUUCUGGUCUCACUACGCCUACUUCGACGAGACCGCAGCCACAAUUGACCCUUUCCGGAGCUUUUUGAUGAGCAAACUGCCCAUCUACUUGACCUACACUAAGAACGAGCGAUCUGACCGGCAGGCAGCGUACACCGACGGCAAGGGGCCCAAGGAUGUGUCGCCAUUUGUCGAUCAUCUCGCGCGCUUCGUGAUAGCAAUCACGGGUGGCCUAUUCCUCAUCGUCCCAAUGCUCGUCAUGGCUUUCAAUACAUCGCAAAGGAAAAGCCUCAUCACGGUCUCGUUAUCGGUAUUCCUGUUCGCCCUCGCACUCUCAUUUGGAGUCAGAACUUCCAACAUCGAAGCGCUUGUCUCAACAGCGACGUAUGCUGCUGUUCUGGUGGUGUUCGUGGGGACGAGUUCUGGCGAUGGGGCCACUGUGGCAGCUGCAAGUAACUCCACAAUGGCAUCGCAGUGA